UCACUUACACUAACUUCCUCUGAAACUGCCAGAUACAAUUCGAGAGAGGAAAAGACAUCAACUUCGAAUAGAGAGCAACGGAGAUGUCUUCCACGGCGCGACUAAUCUCCGUCACUCUUUUAUGGAUCCUAGUUCUCUUUGUAACGCUAGCAUUUAUCCAGAACCGAUUAAGCUAUACCGGAGUCUCAUCGGAUUCCAAGGUUAUUGAGACGAGAUUUAGUAAGGUGGAAGAGAGAAAGUCAGAGGACGAUUUGGAAGCAGUAACUCACAAAGUUUACUUUGAUAUUGAGGUCAAUGGAAAAUCCAUGGGUCGCGUCGUCAUGGGUCUCUUUGGUAAAACAGUUCCUAAGACUGUAGAAAAUUUUCGAGCACUUUGUACGGGAGAAAAAGGAAUGGGAAAAAGUGGAAAGCCUCUCCAUUACAAAGGAAGUGCAUUCCAUAGGAUUAUUCCCAGCUUUAUGAUCCAGGGCGGUGAUUUUACUUGCGGUGAUGGGCGAGGUGGGGAGUCAAUCUAUGGUGAGAAGUUCGCCGAUGAGAACUUCAAGUUGAAGCAUACUGGACCAGGACUAUUGUCAAUGGCAAAUGCCGGGCAAGACACCAAUGGAUCACAAUUCUUUAUCACUACUGUAACUACUAGCUGGUUGGAUGGGCACCAUGUUGUGUUUGGCAAGGUGCUUUCUGGUAUGGAAAUUGUGUACAAGAUUGAAGCUGAAGGAAACCAGAAUGGAGUGCCCAAACAUAAAGUUGUCAUUUUAGACAGUGGUGAAAUGCCUUCAUGACAAUUCUCAUUGUUGAGACAUACUCUCUCAUAUAAUUAUGUAAGAACUCGUUGCAUAAAAAUAUAAAUUUACUCUUUACUCCUUUCACGAAUUAAUUUCAGAUCAAUGUGUUUAUACUCUUCUAAACCAUGAUUAGUCGUUAAAAGCUUAUUUUUAUUGCCA